AUGACGGCAGUUGGGGCAUUUUCCUCUCGUGACCUUUGGACCCUUCAGGGUCCACAUAUGCAAAUUAUUCGACCUAUGGAGUGUUUCGCCACCGGCUGCGAUGCGAUAUUGGAUGAAAAGGGCUGUAUCCACCUCCUCAGGGUUGUUAGUGCUACCGAUUGCCAAAUUAGGGGUUCCAAGGUAUGA